AUGGACCACUCCUUCACGCGCUACCGGCUGCUGGAACGCCACGGCAUCCCAACCUCACCUUUCCUAGCUGCUUGCCGCGCCAUUAUUCCGUGUGUCGAGAAACUUGGAAGCACCGCGUUUGCACCCGUCAAAGGCGAUGUACUUGGCAACAUUGAAAAGAUUGAAAAGGCCUAUCUGAUCGAACCAGACGGUCGACACACGCUGCAAGCUCUGGUGCAGGACGAACUGACCCGAAAGGUGCAUACAGCAAGCGGCUCGGCGACGGACGCCCUGCUCUGGCUGCAGCGUGCCCUGAGUUUUCUCUGCAGUAUGUUGGAGGAGUUGGCCAAUGGCAAUCAUAACAUGUCAAAGGCAGCAUCCAACGCGUACAACUCGACGCUGAGCAAGCACCACAACUGGAUUGUUCGCGGUCUUUUCUCGGUCGUCUUGCAGAGCGUGCCCGAGUACUCCACUUUUAUCAAAACUCUGGGUCCGGCCAACGAGCACUGCGUGCUGGAAGACAUGGAAGUCUACGUGACCGCCCUCAAGACGCAGCUUCGCAUUCUACAAUCCUUUUAUGCUGAUAAUCAUCUCGAGGUGUAG